UGAUACUGGAUGACCGCAGAAUGGUGGAAAAUAUAUGGCCCGAGAUCCUGAGGAGAAAACUAUGAGGCGCAGGAUCUGCUCCCUUUGCACCGACGUUACUCGCGCGGGUAGCUCGCAAGAGAAGUACAAAUAGCGCUGAAGAAACUUUGUGGGAAAUUUCAACAAUGCUCGUUGCCGUGAAAGACGCUCUGGUUUCUCAGGUACGGUCUUUGGCUCUAUCGUUGUGUGCGACGUUGCUCAGCGCCAUCCCCAGGGCUCCUAGACAUCGAAAUCGCCAUUUCUAUGUGUUCAAAAUCCUGUCAAAGGAGCUGACGUGUUGUCAAACGGCAUUGGUACUUCCAAAUUCAACAAGGCAGUCAGCUGCCUUUCCUUUACUUACCACUACCAUCACAGUGCGCAAACUAUAUGACUACUCGCCAUUUGACAGCGAUCUCUAUCCUACAGCUGAUCCUCGCCCUUCAUUAUGCCUUCCCGAACCUGUACCAAAACGAGGAACAAAAGCCGAAAUAUCAGCGCACGAGGAAGAAGCCGUGGAGAGCCAAGUCUCUGGCCUGAAGUGGAAGACAAGUAAGUGGCGGCGCCUUCCUCAUACAUUCGUAUUCUCAUCUCUCCAAUAACUGCGAUGAAAAAUGGCCCUCACCAAGAGAACAAGGACACCGCUGGUA